GCCCUGCCAAAAUGCUGCAUCAAAUCACAGGCCUUCAUCAGUGUAGGAGAAAAAUAUUUGCCGCCUUACCUCACAUCCACUCCGUCCGGAGGAGAGGGUUUUCCGUGGCGCAACUCGAAACACCGGAGGUGGAUAUAGCGUUGAGCACAGGCCGAGUGGUACGGAUAUCCUCAGGAAAGUAUGCUCGCUUUGCCGAUGGCUGUGCGGUCGUAACGAUCGGUGAUACAGCCGUCAUGGUAACGGCUGUGGCGCGACAAAAAUCUCAAAACACAUCCUUCCUACCGCUGGUGGUAGACUAUCGGCAGAAAUCGGCGGCCGCGGGCCGGAUACCGACAAACUUUCUACGCCGUGAACUCGGUCCCUCCGAGAAGGAAAUCCUGUCGGCAAGACUGGUCGACCGUUCGAUACGGCCACUGUUCCCCGCGGAUUUCCGACUCGACACACAGAUCGUGUGCAAUAUGCUGGCCAUCGACUCGAGUAACCCACCGGACGUGCAGGCCAUCAAUGGUGCAUCGGCAGCACUCGCACUGAGCGAUAUACCCUGGAAUGGUCCAGUGGGAGCUGUUCGGCUCGGUUUGGUAGAUAACGAGGUGAUUGUGAAUCCGACACGGAGAGAAAUGCAGCUCAGUGCCCUUGAUCUGGUGGUGACAGCGACCCGACAGAACCUUGUGGUUAUGCUCGAAGGCCGUGGCAAUGUGGUGAACGAGAAUGAGAUCCGUAUGGCGAUCAAGCGCGGUACGAAGGAGGCCCAGCUCAUCAUUAACGGUAUCGAGCGGCUUCAGAAGACGCACGGUAAGGCGAAGCGUCCAAUCGAACCAAGCCCAACCGUGGACGAGGAAAUUGCUGGUGCAGUUCGUACGAUGGCCGAGAUGCGGUUGCGAGAGAUAUUCCGAGACUUUACGCACGACAAAUUUAGCCGCGAUCAAGCCGUCAGCAAAACGCGCACCGAUACAAUCGAUAAGGUAUGGUCCAGUUACCCAACUGCCGAUCCGGGACUGAUAUCGGAAGCAUUUAAUAAGUUCACACGCAGCGUGUUUCGCGAGAUGCUGCUCGAGGACGGUGUGCGUUGUGAUGGCCGUGGGUUAGAUGAUCUACGGACCAUCAGUUGUUCCGUGAACCUUCACAAACCACUUCACGGGUCUGCGCUGUUUCAGCGUGGGCAAACGCAGGUGUUCUCGACCGUAGCACUCGAUUCGCCGGAAAGUGCGCUCCGGCUCGAUCCAGUCACAUCGCUCGAUGCGGGCAUGAAAUCGAAAAACUUUUUCCUCCACUACGAGUUCCCACCGUACGCGACGGGAGAGACGGGAAAGAUAGGACCAAUCGGAAGAAGAGAAAUCGGUCACGGGGCACUGGCGGAGAAAGGGCUGGUACCGAUCAUACCGGCAGAGCAUCCCUUUACGAUACGGCUCACAUCGGAGGUGCUGGAAUCGAACGGAUCCAGCUCGAUGGCGACCGUGUGCGCUGGUUCGAUGGCACUGAUGGAUGCCGGUGUCCCCGUUACCGAGGCAGCGGCCGGUGUUGCGAUUGGGCUGGUUACGAAGUACGAAAACAACGACACCAAACAUUUGCUGGACUAUCGCAUAUUGAGCGAUCUGCUCGGAAUCGAAGACUAUAUGGGUGACAUGGACAUGAAGGUGGCCGGUACGAGACGAGGCAUCACAGCGAUUCAGGCCGACCUUAAGAUCCCCGGCAUUCCGCUAAAGGUGGUCAUGGAAGCGCUCCAGAAAUCGAUGGAAGCCCGGUUCAAGAUACUGGACAUCAUGGACGGUACGAUCGGGGCAACGCGUACGAUCAAGAAAGACUGUUGGCCGGUAACGGACCGUCUGGUGAUUGAACCGAGCCAGCGGUCACGUUUAUUGGGCCCGGGUGGCGUCAAUCUGCGGCGGCUAUACCUCGAAACCGGUGUACAGUUGACGCAGGAGGACGAAACGAGUUUCCGCAUCUUUGCUCCCUCCGAGGCGGCCAUGCACGAAGCCAAGGAGCACCUAGAGGAGCUGCUGAAGACGGAAAAGAUUCCCGAUCUCGAGUUUGGCGCCAUCUACACGGCCAAGAUUGUGGAGCUGCGCGAUACGGGCGUCAUGGUGACGCUAUACCCAUCGAUGCCACCGACGCUGUUACACAACUCACAGCUCGAUCAGCGCAAGAUCGCUCAUCCAAACGCACUGGGAUUGCCGGUCGGAUCGGAGAUACAGGUGAAGUACUUUGGCCGAGAUCCGGUGUCCGGGUUUAUGCGCCUUUCACGCAAAGUACUACAAGGUCCAGCGACGGCCAUGAUUCGGAAUCUCGAUCGUACAAGCAGCAGCAGCAGCAACAGCAGCAGUAGCAGUAGCGGUGGUAGUAAUGGUGAUGCGAAAACGUAAUCUCUUUACUAGGUAUCGCCUAAUCAGCACUAGCAGCACAUGAGGAAGGUUUGUGUUAGGUAGGAAGAGUUCAAAAAUUGAAGUAAAAGUGUAAAUAUUGUUGCCCUAAAUGGUCCUACUCCCAGUGCUUUCUUACUACGAUCUAAGGGGUUUCAAAGUAGAAUGAUAAAAAGUGCUUCCACACAAGU